AUGGCGAAGCCUCGCGGCGGCGGCGGCCUCCUGGACUUAGAGGGGCACUACGCCUUCUACGGCGCCUACCACAGCAACCCCGUCAACGUGAGCAUCCACGAGCUCUUCGUCUGGCCCAUCUUCCUCACGGCGCUCAUGCUCCUCCACCUCACCGCCCCCUCCGCGCACGCCGCCGGCAUCGGCGCCGCGGUCUACGCGUCCUACUACUUCCUCCUCGACCGCCGCGCGGGCGCGCUCGCCGCCCUCCUCUGCUACCUCUGCUGGGCCGCCAGCGGCGCCCUCGCUGCCCGCCUCGGUUUCUCCGUUGGAUGGAAGGUUGUAUUGGUGGCUCAGUUGGUCUGUUGGACUAUGCAAUUCAUUGGUCAUGGAGUUUUUGAGAAGCGAGCGCCUGCUCUCCUUGACAAUCUUGUCCAGGCUUUCCUGAUGGCACCAUUCUUUGUGCUGCUAGAGAUUCUUCACACAUUUGGCGGGUACGAACCGUAUCCUGGCUUCCAUGACAAGGUGAGCAAGUUGAUUGAGGAAGCCCGGAAGGAAUGGGAGGACAAGAAAUCAAAGAAGUCCUCAUGA